CACCAUGGCGCUGAGCGACACCAUCCUGCCCUCCUUCGCCACCUUCGCCAGCCCCUGCCGCGAGAAAGCCCUCCACGAAAGGUGGAAGUGCGACCAGGAGGCCAAGACCCCUGCCGGCACCUGGGGCGGCCUCUCCCCUCGCAAAGAGGAUGAGGAUCUCAACAACGUGCUGGAUUUUAUCCUUUCCAUGGGCAGCGACGGCUACGGCCAGGGCGCAGCUGGUGGGGAUUAUCCCCCUGCCCAAGGGGAGAGCGGUGGCUUUUACCAGACAAACCCGUCCCCGGGAUGCUACAGUGCCCUGGAGCAGGGCAGCCCCCCACCCUACAACGCCGGCAUCGUGCCGGAGAUGAUCCGCUCCGAGAUGGACUCCAACUACUGCCCUCCCGGCAAUGUCCAUGGGCGGUUCUUCGUGACACCCAGCUUCGGGGGCCCGCAGUUCGUUGAGAACAUUAAGCCCGAGCCCGACAUGGACAAUUAUGGACCGGUCCUGGGUCUGGUGCCCCAGGCUUGCCCGAAGAUCAAGCAGGAGGGCAACGCGACCUGCAUGAUGGCCUACGAGCAGCCGCGGGUGGCCAGCUCCCCCCAGAUCCCGGGGGCAGAGACGCCCCCACUGAGCCCCGACGAUCUCAUGGUGAAUGACUGCCACACGCAGAUGAUGUGCCCCUCGUCCGUGUCCUUCCAGCAAAGCUACCACCCGGCCUCCGGCUUCCACCACCCGCAGACCCAUCUCCAGUACCAGAACACCUCCCAGUUUGGCCUUUUCGAGGACAGCCUGCCCUUACAACCCUCCGCUCCCAGAGGCAUGCUCACCCCUCCUUCCUCCCCUCUGGAGCUGCUGGACUCCAAACCAAAAAGAGGACGCCGGUCUUGGCCACGGAAGAGGACGGCCACUCACACGUGCACCUAUGCGGGCUGCGGGAAGACCUACACCAAGAGUUCGCACCUGAAGGCCCACCUCAGGACGCACACAGGUGAAAAGCCCUACCACUGCAACUGGGAAGGCUGCGGCUGGAAGUUCGCUCGCUCCGACGAACUCACCCGUCACUAUCGCAAGCACACCGGCCACCGGCCCUUCCAGUGCCACCUCUGCGACAGGGCGUUCUCCAGGUCAGACCACCUGGCGUUGCACAUGAAACGGCACAUGUAGCCUUAGGGACUCUGACCUGCAAACAGUGGACUUUAUUUAACUGCUCAGGUGCAGAAGCGUUAAAAACUUGUAGCUGGUACUACGUAGGGAGGCACUGACGCUC